AUGGUCUACCUCAGUCUGCUCGCGGAAACGCCCUCAGCGGCUGAACCAAGCAUCUUCCCCCGUGACGAUGACAAGGACGACGCCGAACUCUACCCAGAAGAACGCCAAAACGUCAGUUACUUCAGUAACUACUACUUCCUCCUCAUCAUCCUCGCAGUCCUCAUCCUUGUCACAGCAUGGCUCAUCCAUAGCCGCAACGUCCGACGUCGGGCGCUCUCGAGUCAGAACGGGCAGCAGGCAUCGGCGAGAGACGUGGAAGCCUGGCCUGGCACACGGAGGCUGCUACACGGACGUUACGGGGCCACCAACUCUGUUCUCCUUCGCCCAACUGAGGGACUGGAUGAGCAUGGAGAAGCGCCGCCGCCCUAUCAGCCAAAGUCUGAGGUAUCUUCUACGACUAUCGCUAUACCACUUCGAGUCCUAUCAGCAAACGAGAGCGAGCGAUCACUGCCGCCGCAGUAUAAAGCGCAGCCAUGA